GGAUCGGAGAAACCGGGUGUGCGUCCUCCGGAGUCGGUGCACGAUCCCCGGAAUCGGGCGCCGGAGAACUAGGUGGCGUCCCUGGCCGCAGAGCGCACAGGAAGUUGAAAGGCGUUUGUGAAGUCAACUCACUCUGGUGGUUGCCUAGACUUCAGAUCUUCCUUUUGCCUCCAUUCUGAGUCCUGUUGAGAUCAAGGUGAAAAUGAACUAAUGGCAAGUUCGGAAAGGGCCUCUCCUGGCAGUUUUCGCUACAGUGCAUUUGCUUCGAAUUUCAGGGCUGGGAUUUCCUCUGCGUUACCCAAAAUGCUCUUAAAACAUAUUGGAUAAGAGCUGAACCUCCUGCCUGCGUGGGACUCCAUAUUCUUGGCUCCAACCUUUUCUGAUGGCAUUUUGACUGCAUCGAGGCCAAGUGACUAGCUGCUCAUGAUGAGUGACGAGAAGAACCUUGGUGUGUCCCAAAAAUUGGUCUCACCUUCGAGGAGCACAAGUAGCUGCUCCUCCAAGCAGGGAAGCCGACAGGACAGCUGGGAAGUGGUGGAAGGACUGAGAGGGGAGAUGAAUUAUACCCAGGAGCCACCAGUUCAGAAAGGAUUUUUGCUGAAAAAGAGGAAAUGGCCCUUAAAAGGCUGGCACAAGAGAUUCUUCUAUUUGGACAAAGGAAUCUUGAAAUAUGCGAAGAGUCAGACUGAUUCAGAGAGAGAGAAGCUGCAUGGCUGCAUUGACGUCGGGCUCUCAGUGAUGUCUGUGAAGAAGUCAUCCAAAUGUAUCGAUCUUGACACCGAGGAGCACAUCUACCACCUGAAGGUGAAGUCAGAAGAAAUCUUUGACGAGUGGGUGUCCAAACUCCGUCACCACAGAAUGUACCGUCAGAAUGAGAUUGCCAUGUUUCCACAUGAAGUUAAUCACUUUUUCUCAGGAUCCACCGUCACGGAUUCUGCACCUGGGGUGUUUGACACCAUUUCCAGUAGGAAGCGUAGCAGUAUAUCAAAGCAGAAUUCAUUUCAAACUGGAAGCAAUUUAUCAUUUUCCUGCGGCGGUGAGACACGAGUUCCAUUAUGGUUACAGUCGUCAGAGGACAUGGAAAAGUGCUCAAAAGACUUGGCACACUGCCAUGCCUAUCUGGUGGAAAUGAGCCAGCUCCUACAAAGUAUGGACGUCCUGCAUCGCACCUACUCGGCACCAGCUAUCAACGCCAUCCAGGGUGCAGCUUUUGAAAGUCCAAAAAAGGAAAAAAGAUCACACAGGAGGUGGCGGUCCAGAGCUAUUGGCAAAGAUGCUAAAGGAACACUGCAGGUCCCUAAACCUUUUUCUGGUCCAGUAAGACUUCAUUCCUCCAAUCCUAAUCUGUCAACGUUAGAUUUUGGAGAAGAGAAAAAUUAUUCUGAUGGCUCUGAAACCUCAUCAGAGUUUUCAAAAAUACAAGAAGAUCUGUGUCAUAUUGCCCAUAAAGUUUACUUCACUUUAAGGUCAGCUUUUAAUACCAUGUCAGCGGAGAGAGAGAAACUGAAGCAGCUGAUGGAGCAGGAGGUCUCCGCCUCCCCUUCUGCUCAGGUCAUUGGUCUGAAGCACGCCCUGUCAUCCGCCCUAGCCCAAAAUACAGACCUUAAAGAACGCUUACGCAGAAUCCAUGCCGAGUCUCUGCUCCUCGACCCCCCUGCUGUUGCCAAGUCGGGAGACAAUCUGGCAGAGGAAAACUCCAGAGAUGAAAACCGAGCUCUAGUGCACCAGCUUUCCAAUGAAAGUCGGCUCUCCAUCACGGACUCCCUGUCAGAGUUUUUUGAUGCACAAGAAGUUCUCCUAUCUCCAAGUUCUUCAGAAAAUGAGAUUUCUGAUGAUGAUUCAUACGUCAGUGACAUAAGUGAUAAUCUUUCCUUAGACAAUCUCAGUAAUGAUUUAGAUAAUGAAAGACAGACUUUGGGGCCUGUUCUUGAAAGGGGCGAGGAGGCCAAGUCCAAAAGGAGAACUUGCUUGCCGGCGCCUGGCCCCAACACCAGUAACAUCAGCUUGUGGAACAUCCUGAGAAAUAACAUAGGGAAGGACCUGUCGAAGGUGGCCAUGCCGGUGGAGUUAAACGAGCCCUUGAACACGCUGCAGAGGCUCUGUGAGGAGCUGGAGUACAGCGAGCUUCUGGACAAGGCCGCGCAAAUUCCCAAUUCUCUGGAAAGGAUGGUGUAUGUGGCAGCCUUUGCAAUAUCAGCGUAUGCAUCUAGCUACUUCCGAGCUGGGAGCAAGCCAUUUAAUCCAGUUCUUGGAGAAACGUAUGAAUGUAUUCGUGAGGACAAGGGCUUCCGUUUUUUCUCAGAGCAGGUUAGCCACCAUCCACCUAUCUCUGCAUGUCAUGCUGAGUCUGCAAAUUUUGUUUUUUGGCAAGAUGUGAGGUGGAAAAACAAAUUCUGGGGCAAAUCCAUGGAAAUUGUUCCCAUUGGCACCACCCACGUGACUCUGCCAGCCUUUGGAGAUCAUUUUGAGUGGAACAAAGUGACCUCUUGUAUUCAUAACAUCUUAAGUGGACAGAGGUGGAUUGAGCACUAUGGAGAGAUUGUCAUCAAGAACUUGAAUGAUGAUUCCUGCCACUGCAAAGUAAACUUUAUCAAGGCAAAAUACUGGAGCACUAAUGCCCACGAGAUUGAAGGCACAGUAUUUGACAGAAGUGGGAAAGCAGUGCAUCGGCUCUUUGGGAAAUGGCACGAAAGCAUCUAUUGCGGUGGAGCCUCCUCAUCUAUUUGUGUCUGGAGAGCAAAUCCCAUGCCAAAAGGUUUUGAGCAAUACUAUGGCUUCACGCAGUUUGCAUUAGAAUUAAAUGAGUUGGAUUCAUCGUCCAGGUCUUUACUGCCACCCACCGAUACUCGAUUUAGGCCAGACCAAAGGUUUCUAGAAGAAGGGAACUUAGAAGAAGCUGAAAUACAUAAGCAGAGGAUUGAACAGCUACAGAGAGAAAGGCGACGGGUCUUAGAAGAAAACCGUGUGGAGCACCAGCCCCGGUUUUUCAGGAAAUCCGAUGACGACUCAUGGGUGAGCAAUGGCACCUACUUGGAACUUAGAAAAGAUCUUGGUUUUUCCAGACUGGACCAUCCUGUCUUGUGGUGAAAAAGUAAAGAAGAAAGAUGUGUUAGUGUACUUCUCCGGUGUUUGCUUCUAGAAGCAGCACACGCCUGUGUCUGUAUAUAUAAAAGGUAUUAUCUAGAACGAUCACUUGUGCUUAGCCUAGCAUUGUAACUAUAUAAGUAUAUAUUUUCUUCAGUAGGUUUCUUUACAAUUUCAGAUGUUAUCAUGAUUGUUUAUAUGAAUGUAGCACUCCUUGAUAUUUCUUUUUAUAUAUAAAACUAUUUAAUAAAAAUGAAAGAUUGAAUGUUAUGUGUGGGUUUAAAAAAAAAGAAGCUUUAACACUAAUUUUCCAAAGGUUAGGGAAAAUUCCAUUUAAAUUUAUGCCUUAUAAAAUUAUGUUGGAGGAAAAAAAUAUCAACCUCUCCCAGGUGCAUUAAGAUAUAAGAAUAAUUCCCAGGGUUACUCAGCCAUGCGUAAGCUACCUGAGUUUAAUUUGGUAGCCUAGAUAUCUUUUAGCCUCAGACAGCUCUUGAAUUGCUCGUACAGAGCAAUUCUGCCGGUGCUGGAGUCCGAAAGAUAUUUUCAUUUGCAUUUUAGUGGUUAGGGGAUGGUGUGAGAUCAGUGGAAUGUAUGUUUUUAUAUAAGAGGUAUAUGGCACCUUGAAGUGGAAGCAUUUGAGCUUGCUCUAUAGUUCUAUUGCCUUAUAUGCAAAAUUGUACCCACUUGCUCAGAGAAAUUGUCAUGAAUCAGAGAAUCCCCUUAAUUAAACAUCGUAAUGGCAUCCCAGAGAAUCUGUAGGAAAUUUCUUCUUAGCCAGAGCUGAAUCCUUGACAAGAAACUAUUUCCUGUUUCCCACCCCAACCCUAGCUUUUUGACCCCUCCUGUUUGACUCCAUCUCUGUUGAGUCUAGGAUGUCCCAGUUUAGUAUAAAACACACAGUACAUUUCACAUAGCAGUUUGACUUUCUAAAAGAAAACAACUGAUUGUUUCACAUAACUCAACAUAUUUUUCUUAAAUACUGUUUUGGUAUUUUCUACCUCUUAAUAAGCACCGUAUUUUAGAUCUUGUAUAAAAAGUUCAACCAUCUGCCUUAUAGACAAAUAUAGAGAAUCGAUGUUCUUUGUGUUGUGUUCUGAUAAAGCGUUCAGUGUCUUAUGCCUUUCCUUCUCUUUCUUCCUCAUAUCACUCUUUUGUGAGUUUUGCAGCAGUCUGGAAUAGCACAGAUCCUAACUACUGAAAGGGGGAACUUGGUUUGUGGUUUUUGGGGGUUUUUUUUAAUGUGUUAUUUCAAAUUACAAGAAGGAAAUUAGCUCAGUAGUUGAAUUGUGUUAUCAAAACAGUUUCAACUUCUGCCCAGACCACAUUAAAACCAAAGCCUAAUUGUUAAGCCUUUUGCUAUAAUGUUCAUAGAAAUCCUAUGGAAUGUCAUGUUUAACGUGAUAUGGUAAAAACAUUGCUUCAGCUGAUAUUUUUAGAUAUUUAAAGAAUUUCAAAGCAUGUAGAAUGCAAUAAAAGAAUGAGGUUAUAAUGAAACAAAUAACAGGAAAAGAAGCAUGAUCUUUUAGUGUCACGACACCAGAUAACCAGCUGGACAGUAUUGCAUUUUUCAAAUGGAAAGUCAUUUAAAGUGGAUCAGUAGCCUUCUAGAAUCGUGCAAGUGACUGGCAUUUUAAAACAACUCGUUAAAUAUUGGAUUAAUUUAUUUCAUUGUAUCGAGACGUCAAGGGGAACACAGUGUGAAUAUCAUUUCCAUUGCUAAGCAGUCGAACGACACAAUCCGAUCCUCUGGUAUGUGCUUUGUUCUUUUCUUUUCACGCGUUUAUCCAAAUUCUGCUCACAGAGAUGAGGAAGCAGGCCUAGAUUUAAGGAUACACAAGGGGAAAACAAAUUUAGUUUUCACAACAUGAGAAUAAAUGUACAAUUUUAAUCAUAUCGACUGUUAAAUAGGCCUGCUCUCAACGCUGGCUCAAAAAAGCCAAAACGACAAAACCAUAACCUACGGUCUGGAUGUAGCUGUGUCAUGAAGUGUUUGGAAAUUCUAUAAUUGCCCCAGUACUAUUAUUUCCAUUGAUUUUAUGCUUUAUUUUGGAAUCACAAGACAGCUGGACCAAAUAUCACCUCUGUAGAUGUCUUAUUUGAGAUGAGGAUGGAUGUGAAUAAAUUGCAGUACAGAACUACAUGCAGAUUUAAAAGUCUACCAGUCACUACCAGUUUUAUAAAGGGCUUUCCCAAGUGUAAACAGCUUCAGUGAAGCAGCCUGAUAGUUGAAUCUUGAAACUAUCUUGAGGGGGAACUGACUUCUUUCCUUCUGCUUCUUUGCUCAGAAGCAUAUUCUCACCAAAUUUAUUCACCUAGGACAUCUUCUGUCUUUAAGAUGAAGAGUGCAGAAGCAUGGCAUUGUUUGGGAAGAAUGAGGUGGAAUUGAACUUUCUGGACUUUGAAAUCUCUUCAUUCAAUAUGCCAAUCACUGCCUCAUGUAAGCUACAGGGUUAAAACUCUAUCUUAGUUCUAAUUAUUUCUCAAAGUUGUGGUCAAUUGCACAGAUAUUUUCGGAAGUGAGACUUUCUGCAGGAUACCCCAUCGUACUUCAGAUGCUCCCAUGGCCACUGUGCCUACCCCAAACUGCAGGACAUCCCUCCAGGAAUGAGCCCACCGCCUCCAGUGUGGCCAGGGGAGCACCCUAAGAGUGGUAUUUCCUUCAGACCUGGGUAAUAAUAAAAGCCUUGACCCAGCUUCUCCAAGCAGUUCACCUCUCAGAGCCGGGCUGGUUCCCGUACAACUAAACAGAUGAGUGUUCACUUCAGGACAACAUUCCGGUUACCUGACAAGUACCAGAUGUCCAAAUAGCCCCACCGUCCUCCUGUACUUCCUGGAGGACUCUGGUGGAGAAAAACAUACAAACUAAUUUUUGUUUCAUGUUCACUGCAUUUGGGCUGCUACUGUUCUCAUGGUCUACUUUUAAUUACUUCCAGUCAUAAGCCAGUCAUUUGCCUGGGCGUCAAGCACCAUCCUUCAUCUGAUUUUCAGGUUUAUGGUGAGUGAUCUUGUUCUACCAUAAAAGAUGUCAAGCCCAGAAGAAAAAUAAUCAUUUUAAUUUGCCUGUUGAACCCAUAUUCUAUGAGUUAUUUUCUACCUUCCAGCCAUUGAGAAUUUCCUCAGACCUUUUAGUUAUGAGUAGGAGCAAUAAGAAGUCGUUCUUAUGAUCACAGGAAUAAUAGUCCAAUGUACUGGGAAAUUUAUCUGAAUGGCUUUCAUUUUGAUAUUCACAUUGGCAUAAGUCUAUUUUUGCUACCAGAUGAUAGCUAUUUUCACAUGCUCAGUUUUUUCCUGCAAUGUAUUCAUCUGUUACUCAGCAUUGGUCUUUAUUUUUCUGUGUUGGAAAUCUGCACACAAAAAUAUCUGCAAAUCAUGAGAGCCUAAAAUGCAAACCAUUUUCAGAGACUGAUUUGGGAGAAUGCAGUGAUCAGAAGUAGCUAAUUUAUUUUAUUUGUGAUGAUUCUAUCUUCCUCUGUUACCCUCAGAAGAUACUAUUUAAAAAAAAAAAAAAGAGUAUCUGUAAAUCUUUGAUUUAACUGUUUGUAAAGUUAUUUUCUGUUUAAAUUCCACCCUUCUACCCUACUCCUGUGCUUCCCCACAAAGCUCCUAUUAAUUGUUUACCCCUCUCAUGUAGCUAGUUGACUGUGAAUAAAUAACAUUGAAAAAGGA